AUGUCGCUUCCAUACAUGCCUCUGGAUGCACAUCGGGCCCAGAUCAGGCUGCUCACCCUGGAGCCGGCCGCACCCUCACUGCCCCGCAACAGAAACAACGACAAUAAUAAGGACAACGAGGCGCAACAACUGAGCUGCUCGCUCAGCGUCGUCUCGCUCAACGACAAGCCCCGUUUCGUCGCCCUCUCGUACGUGUGGGGCGAUGUCGAGGGCAGCAGCACAGGCAUCGUGGUCGACAAUUCCGCCAUCCAGGUCACGCGCAACCUCGGCGACGCUCUCCUCUGGCAUCGAGGAUGGCACGCGGAUCUGCCCAUCUGGGCCGACGCCGUCUGCAUCAACCAGGACGACCCGGCCGAGAAGGGCCACCAGAUCGAGCUCAUGGCCCGCGUCUACCAGGAGGCCGCCAAGGUCAUCUGCUGGCUGGGGCCCUCAACGCCACGCAUCGAGGCAUAUCUCUCCUGGGGCCCGUGUCUGGCCAGCGACCCCGACGCACCAUGGGGCGUCAGGUGGCUGUCGAGGACCAUGUGGACUGCCGCCUUCCGGUCCCGGGCGUACUGGCACCGCAGCACCCGGCGCAGCCACGCCCUCACGGCCCUGCAGGUCUUCAACGGCUUCACAGAGUUCCACCAGCUGCCCUACUUCCAGCGCAUGUGGACGUUCCAGGAGUCCCUCCUCCCAAAGCAGGGCGACCUGGUCCCCGUGCUCCACGGGCGCAUCCGCGAGAACCUGAGGCUGUACAAGAUGUACUACAACGAGAUACCCUGGGCCGCACUGGGCACGUACGCGGACCUCAUGCGGCGUGACCCAGGCAGCCUGACCGCCGUCGAGGCUCAGAUCCUCCAGGAGGCCUCCGACCCCUUGUACCCGCUCGGCCACGACCAGAGGCGCAGCGUCCGGGAAAGCCUGCAAGUCCUCAGGGUGCUGCGGUGGCAGGACAGCUUCUUCCUCGCCGACCUGCUCGUGGCCAGCAGCACACGGAUCUGCCACGACCCCCGCGACAAGAUCUUCGCGCUGCUCGGCCUUAUCCAUGACAUCCCAGUCGGGGACAAGGAGACCGCUGCCGCGCGGGCGCGGCUCCUCGAGGUCGACCCGCUCAAGCCUCCAAACGCGGUCAUCCGGGACGCGCUAUUCUACAUAUACCACCACGAAAGCGAGUUCAUGGUCCUGGAAGUGGUGAAACGCUACAUGACUCUGGGGACGCACCAGCGCGAGGACCGCUGGCCGUCCUGGCUCCCCGACAUGGCAGUACAGAGGGAUCGAGCCAAGACCACGGGGGCUCUGCCGCAGGUGCUCGACGGCACGCAAGCAGCUCGCUGGAGAGUGCUACAGACCAAGUCUCGUGCCUAUGACGCCCUCGAUCUCGACGGCAAGUUCAUCGGCCGCGUCGUGGCUGUAGUCACGUUUCCAGACAGUCUUGCCGCUUUUGUCGACGCGGUCGUAGGCCUCCUCAAAAUAGCAAAGGUCCACCAAGCGCGCAGCAGCAGCGGCAGCGGUGCUUCAAGGCGCUCUCAGAGCGGCCCGGCGCCUCAUCCACCAGAGAAUGCGGACCCGGCCCACGUGAAGCUUGUAGAACUUAUGAAUUGUGCGGAUGGUCAGCUCGCCAAGAAGCUGGCACAUAUUUUCAAAGAGCUCAGCUAUGGGCAAGGUCCAGGAUUCAACGAGAUCUGGUUCUGGUACAGCUUUCAGCGUGUCCAGCGGUGUCAACCCGGCGUCGGUCCUGAUCAUACCCCCACGCUGGGAUUAGACGAUACACUCAACCCCGCAAAGUUUUCCAGUAAAGGCCUUCCGAAUCACUCUCUGUUCGUCCUCGACACGGGCAACUUCGGUCUAUGCACAUCACAGGCAGAGGUCGGGGAUGUGGUGGUCGCGUCGAAUGCGUGGGACGACUGCCUUCUCCUCCGAUCUGUCAUGGAACACGACCUGUAUAGCACCGGCCAGCUGAAAGGCCCGCGCGUUUUCCACUUUGUCGAUCUGCCAUUUGUGGAUGGUCUCGGUGUUGGUAUCAAUGCGGAUCAGGCCUUUGUGAACAAGGUAUAUCAGACUCCACUGCAGGAGUUCGUCCUGCUUUGA